AUGAGUCUUUCUUCUGGAAUGGGGGAAUCAAGUGGGAGUGCUUCAAUAGGGGGAAGAACACUAACAAGGACCGCCGGUCGUAGGUGCAAAUGUGGGAGACAAAGUAUUGUGUAUACCUCCAAAAUUGAGAGAAACCCAAACAGGGCUUUCCUUGGGUGCCCUAAUUUCAAGAAGAAGAAGCCGUUUUGUGAUUUUUUUAGAUGGGUAGAUGACGUCUGUAAUGAACGGAUGGAGCUGGAAGAUGCAAGAAUUCACAAUGUGGAGUUGGAUGUUACUGAAAUUAAUUUCAAGUUGAAGUAUGUGGACAUGAUGAUUAGAGAGCAAGAUGUGAAGAUUAGUGAGUAA